GCGGAUUUGAAAAAACAUGGCGGACGAGAGCAAGUCAGUGGAGGUGGUAGUGAAUGGAGAAAACAAGAAGAUAGACAGCGAGGAAGAUGUUGGAGAAAUACUUCAUCAGAUCAGAGAUGCAGCCGGUAUAACUUCUUUAAAACUCAGUGGUAACUCCUACGGCACAGAGGCCGCCUCUGCCAUUGGCAAGCUACUAGAAAACGUAGGAGGUAGUUUGAGACAUGCACUGUGGAGCGACAUGUUUGUCAGUCGUCUUAAAACAGAAAUACCACCAGCUCUAUCAUCGCUAGGGAACGGCCUGAUCGUUGCCGGGGCACGUCUUGUCGAGCUUGAUCUGAGCGACAAUGCGUUUGGUCCUGCCGGAGUGGAGGGCGUGUCUACGCUGUUAACGAGUGAAGUUUGUUACACCCUCAAGAUAUUGAAAUUUAAUAAUAAUGGCCUUGGAAUAGGAGGAGGAAAGAUACUUUCCAAGGCGCUAUUACAGUGUUACCAGGAGGCAAGCGAAGUUGGUGCUAAGUUUGCACUGGAGGUUUUUCAGAGUGGGCGGAACAGGCUCGAGAAUGAUGGAGCAAGAGCUCUUGCUGAAGUUUUUGAGACGCUGGGGUCUCUCGUCGAACUCUCAAUGCCACAGAAUGGUAUCUACUGCGACGGAAUCAGCGCAUUAGCAAGAGCACUUAAAAAGAACCCACAUCUCAGGGUUCUUAAUCUUAGCGAUAAUACCUUCACUGAAGACGGCUCUGCAUUAAUGGCUGAUGUCAUUCCUUCUCUUCAGGAGCUCGAGGUCAUUAAUUUUGGCGAGUGUCUUGUUCGUUCAAAAGGUGCAGUCGCCAUUGCUGAAGCUGUUAAGGAUGGACACCAAAUGCUAAGAGAGUUAUGGCUAAGCUAUAAUGAGCUAGACAUUAAUUCAGGAGCUGCCAUUGUCUCCGCCCUUUCAAACAAAUCCCAACUCGCCGUACUCGACUUAAACGGCAACGCAUUUGGAGAGGAAGGAGUUGAGAGGAUUCAAGAGAUGAUGGAAGCUGCUGGACUGGAGCAGGCACUUCAGUCAUUGAGCGAUGAUGAAGGAGAAGAGACAGAGGAUGAAGAUGGAGAGAGCAACAAAGAGGAGGAGGAAGAGGAGAAUGGGCUACUGGACGAUAGCGUCAAAGAGGAAGCCAUUACUAAAACUGUUACAUUAGACGAAUGGUUAGAAUCACCUUCAGUUCAAUACUACCUUGGCCUAAACAACAGAAUAUCAUUAUUACAAGAUUAUCUAACUGAAAACCCAGCUGCUGAAAAAUUAGCUGAAACAUAUACCAAAGUUGCAAUUGGUUACCAAUCAACUAGUGAAGGAGGAGUUCCUUCUGAUCACAGAGCAGCAGUACAUGAAUUUAUAGAUAAAUGCUGCGAGCCAUUCCUCAGUCAAGGAGAAGAAAACAUGUUAAGUUUUCUUAAUAUCUUCCUCAGUUUAGUCGGAUUAAUCAAGCAUGAAGACAAGAAAUUUAAGCCAUUUGAAUCAGUUGAUGGUCCACUACUAGUGACGGUGGAAUACUUGUCUAAAAAGGCAUAUUUCUCAUCGAAAUGUCAUGAAAUGCUUUUAGCACUUAUAACCAAAUCCUGCUCAGUACCCAAAUUCAUUAAAAUUGGACCAACACUAUUAACCACAUUACACUCUUGACAGGGCCUGCCUGUCUUACACAAUUCUUUGUCGUUCUCACUUUUUAAUUGUUGAACACACUUUCUCUAUCUCUCUCUAAUCUAUGCAAUGCUUUUGUUAUAUUAUUGUCCACCCAAACCAUUCUCUCCUCAAUAA